AUGUUUAUUUUCUGUUCAUACCAUGUUCUCUUAGCACCCAACAAAUUUGCCGUGUUGUCCUUCUUGAGCGUGUAUUAUUUUGAAUAAUCAUUUUACCGUACACUAACAAUUAUUCAUAGAGUAUUUAGUACCUUAAUUUCCACGUCGUAGACUAUAUUUUCAAUUGCACAUCUUUAGCUCUCUUUUUCUCUCUCUUCAUUGAGUAGAGCUGAUUUUCUUCAUUGGACCUCCAAUUUUCAAUAUACAAUUAGAAACUAAGGUCUUUGGGUAGUUUUGUGUUAGUAACGUCUUGGAAAUAAAGAAAUCUCUUCGUGGUGGUCAUCUAGUUAUGACUUGUUUCCCUCGCUUGUUUAGUAGAAGGGUAGAGUCUGGUGUGAGAACUCCUGAAGCUGCUGAAGAAUUCACAGCUAUUCAAAAUAUUAAGCUGUACAGUUACAAAGAACUAAGAGCUGCUACUGAUGAUUUCUCUCCAUCGAACAAAAUUGGAGAGGGUGGUUUUGGGUCUGUCUAUAAGGGAAACCUUAAACAUGGAAAGGUUGCUGCCAUCAAAGUGCUGUCUGCUGAAUCACAGCAAGGAGUUCAUGAAUUUUUGACCGAAAUAAAGGUGAUCUCAGAGAUACAGCAUGAAAACUUGGUGAGCUUAUAUGGCUGUUGUGUGGAAGGGAAACAUAGGAUACUCGUGUACAACUAUCUAGAGAACAACAGCCUUGCGCAGACUCUAAUAGGCAGCGGGAACUGUAGCGUUGAAUUUUCUUGGCGAACACGUUCGAGAAUCUGCAUAGGAAUAGCUUGUGGGAUUAAAUAUCUUCAUGAGGAAGUACGUCCACAUAUAGUGCAUAGAGACAUCAAGGCAAGCAAUAUCCUGCUUGACAAAGACCUCACUCCCAAAAUAUCAGAUUUUGGUCUUGCGAGACUUAUGCCGCCCAAUGCCACUCAUGUUAGUACACGGGUCGCUGGCACUUUAGGUUAUCUGGCUCCAGAGUAUGCAGUAAGGGGGCAGCUAACUCGAAAAGCAGAUGUAUAUAGUUUUGGUGUUCUGCUCGUGGAAAUUGUCAGUGGCCGAUGUAACACGAAUAUGAGAUUGCCAAAUGGAGAAAGAUUUCUUCUUGAACGGGUCUGGGAACACUAUCAACAAAAAGAACUUAUAGCUCUGGUCGAUGAAUCAUUAGAAGGUAACUAUGAUGCAGAGGAGGCUUGCAGGUUCCUCAAAAUAGGUCUUCUUUGUACACAAGAUGGUCCCAAGCUUCGACCAGCAAUGUCAACUGUGGUUAAGAUGCUAAUGGGCGAAAUGUCUAUUGAUGAAGUGAAGAUAACAGCACCGGGUUUGAUCUCUGAUCUCUUCGACGUUAGAAUUGGGAAUCCCCAAGACAACAAUAAUGCCAAAGUCGCUUCUACUGACAAAGAUUUAUACUCCAGCUCAGACAGCAUGAACAAUACGACCUUUUCAUCCGGUGCCUCAACUAGUGCCACAAUGACAUUCACAGCUGUUUAUGACAGGAGUAUUUAGUUUGUUGUAUAGAAUCUUUGUGAAAAUUCGGUGUCAAUGUUCAUAUAUCUAAAUAUAUGAAACAGGUGCACAUAGGUGAGGUUAGUUGAUUUUUUCAUGAACUUAAACUGAAAACAAAUGCUCAUACUUGUUGCUUAACGAGUUUUGUUGUACAGCCAAAAAGUUUGAACUAAGUAGUAAUCCGUCGGUUUAAACUUUUCCCAUCAUAA